AUAUACGCAUUGCCAAAAUUAAGCGCAAUGAAGCAAUAAUUUGAGUGAGUUGGGCUUAUGACACGACAACUUGGCAAUGAAUAAUCGUGUACGCAUAGUCGUACUGGGUGAUUCAGGUGUGGGCAAAACCUGUCUGACCCACUUGGUUGCCCACAAUGAGUCGUUAAUUCGGCCGGGCUGGACAGUUGGCUGCAAUAUUCAAGUCAAAAUUCAUGAGUUCAAAGAAGGUACCACCCGCCAGUGCCCCUAUUUUAUUGAAUUGUUCGACAUUGGUGGUUCAUUGAGUCACAAAAAUACGCGCAGCGUUUUCUACUCUGGCAUACAUGGCGUUAUCUUGGUGCAUGAUCUAACCAAUGGCAAGUCGCAGGAGCAACUGCGUGAUUGGCUCUGCGAGAUUGUUAACAAGGAUGGCAAAGAUACGUACAAAUGUCGCAGCAGCUCAUUGCCGCCAUCGCCAACACCAUUGCACGGCUAUGGGACAGAUGCUAACAUGCGUUUUGAUUUAGAGGAGUUUUUAGGCGCUACACAAAUACCUAUUCUAGUUAUGGGCACCAAGCUUGAUUUGAUCGAUGAAAAGCGUCAACCCAAAACAACUGUUAAAAAGGCCGGUGGCAUUGCCGAUAAAUGUGGUGCCGAGGAAAUUUGGCUAAACUGCCGGGACACACGGAGCUUAGCUGCCGGCACAACUGAUGCGGUUAAAUUGUCCCGUUUCUUCGAUUGUGUCAUCGAGAAGCGCGUAAACAAUGGCUGCUCAAGCGCUCAUCUGGUAAGCCCCAAUUCCACAGACAGACGUCGAGCCGCUAACUCACAACCCACCAGCCCAGAGUUUCCGACAUAUGUGAGCAAAUCAUCAACAGAGACUCUCGUACCACUGCUGGAAACUAACGAUCUAAAAUAAGUCAUCAAAAACGAUUAGAGCAUAAAAGUUAACAUUUAAGAAACUAUAAUAUAUAUAACCUUAUAUAUACUUUUACAUUGAACCCA